CAUCGUUUCCAGAUCUUAUCAAUUGCCAAUCAGAAGUCUUUUAAUUAAGCUGCUUUCUAUAAUUUUGAGAUCGCCGCCCAUCUAAGUUUGUCGUAACCAAACACCAAGGCUUCUUGGAUAUUUAUAUAAGUAGUGCCUUGAGAAGAGAUUUGCUUCUUGAAACGGAGGGGUUGUUGAUAUCUGUAAACGCAUUUCGAUUUGGAUUUUGAGAUUGUUUGAUUUGCGUCUUGUUUUGUUUAUAGGACCGCAUUCCCUAAUUCAGUUGACUUUUGCUUCUUUUCCUUUUUUACAUUCUUUUUUAUAUUUGUUUUAGCCAGUGUUUCUAUUCUUGAGCACAUUAACUUUAUUUGAUCUGUUCAUAAGAUUUGUGGAAUAUGUACAUUAUCCCUAAAACACUUUACGACAAGGUUUUUGACAGCCAUGUUGUCGACAGGCAAGAAGAUGGGACCUGUUUGCUCUACAUUGACCGUCACUUGAUUCACGAGGUUACCUCGCCUCAAGCUUUCGAGGGCCUUCGCACUGCUGGUAGAAAAGCCCGUCGUCCAGAGCUGGCUUUGGCCACUGUCGAUCACAAUAUCCCCACCGAUUCCCGUAAAGAUUUGAAGGAUCUUGAAUCCUUUAUUCAUCAACCCGAUUCCCGUACUCAAGUUUUGGCCUUGGAAUACAACGUUAAGGAAUUUGGCUUAAGUUAUUUUGGUAUGACUGAUAAACGUCAAGGUAUCGUUCACGUUAUCGGUCCUGAGCAAGGUUUUACCCUGCCAGCUACCACCUUGGUUUGUGGUGACUCGCAUACUUCUACCCAUGGUGCAUUCGGUGCAUUGGCAUUCGGUAUUGGUACCAGUGAAGUUGAGCAUGUUUUGGCUACCCAAACCAUUUUGCAACGAAAGAGCAAAAAUAUGCGCAUCCAUGUGAGCGGCAAGCUCCCUGAAGGCAUCGCUUCUAAAGAUUUAAUGCUCCAUAUCAUCGGUGUCAUCGGUACUGCUGGUGGUACUGGUUGCGUUAUUGAGUUCUGCGGUGAGGCAAUUGAAGCUCUUAGUAUGGAAGCUCGUAUGUCCAUGUGUAACAUGUCUAUCGAGGCUGGUGCUCGUGCUGGUAUGAUUGCUCCCGACGAGACUACUUAUGAGUAUGUCAAGAACCGUCCCCUAGCUCCUAAGGGAGAGGACUGGGAACAAGCCGUCGCUUAUUGGAAGACUUUGGGUUCAGAUGAGGGUGCUAAAUAUGACAUUGAAGUUGAAAUAAAUGCCGCCGAUAUUUUACCUACUGUCACUUGGGGUACUUCUCCCCAAGAUGUCAUACCCGUUAACGGCUUGGUCCCUGAUCCUUCCAAGGUCAAUGACACCGUUCGCUCUACUUCGAUCCAGCGCUCUUUGGAAUAUAUGGGUCUUGAACCCAACGUUCCUAUUACUUCUUAUCCCAUUGACAAAAUUUUCAUUGGUUCCUGCACCAACUCACGUAUCGAAGAUUUACGUCUUGCAGCUUCCAUCGUCAAGGGUCGUAAAAUUGCUAGCAACAUCAAGCAUGCCAUGAUUGUUCCUGGCUCUGGUUUGGUCAAGAAAAUGGCUGAAGCUGAGGGUUUGGAUCAAAUCUUCAUUGAAGCUGGUUUUGACUGGCGUGAAGCUGGUUGUUCUAUGUGUUUAGGUAUGAAUCCUGAUCAAUUGAAGCCUUAUGAGCGUUGUGCUUCGACUUCCAAUCGUAACUUCGAAGGUCGUCAAGGUGCCAAAGGUCGUACUCAUCUUGUUAGUCCUGCUAUGGCUGCUGCUGCCUCUGUUAAGGGAUAUCUCUGCAAUGUCCGUGAAUUUUUUGGUGAUACCAACACUGGAACUCCUACUGUGAUUACGAACAGGAAUUAUGACCCUUCUCAUGAUGCUGGUAGCGUUGUUACCCUUGCCGUAGACGAUGCUACUGAUGCUGUAACUGACUCCGCUGGUAUGACUACAAGUGUCGCUGACGGACCCAACUCUUCUACCGCUGGUAUUCCCAAGUUUACUGUCGUUUCUGGUAUAGCUGCUCCUUUACCUGUUACGAAUGUUGAUACGGACAAGAUCAUUCCUAAGCAGUUCUUGAAGACAAUCAAACGUACUGGUCUUGGAAAAUUUGCAUUUUAUGAUAUUCGCUUUGAUGCGGAAGGUAAUGAACUGCCCGAGUUUGUUUUGAACCGUGAACCAUACCGUAAUGCCAGCAUCCUGGUUGCUCAAGAGAAUUUUGGAUGCGGCAGUUCACGUGAGCAUGCCCCUUGGGCUUUGAAUGAUUUUGGCAUUCGGGUUAUAAUUGCUCCUUCGUUUGCUGAUAUCUUUUUUAAUAACUGCUUCAAAAACGGCAUGUUGCCUAUUCCCUUACCUGUUGAGCAAGUCAAUGAAUUAAUGGCUGCUGCUGAGAAGGAGUUAGAAUUUACUGUAGACUUGCCUAAUCAAGUCAUUCGUUAUGACGGCAAGGAGAUCAAGUUUGAAGUCGAGUCCUUCCGUAAGCACUGUCUGAUCAAUGGCCUUGACGACAUUGGCUUAACCUUGCAAAAGGCCACAAAGAUUGAUGCUUUUGAAUCCGCUAGAGAGAAAAAUUUCCCUUGGAUGAACAUCAGACGUAGCCGUGCUCGCCUGAGUCCUUCUCGACCUAAACAAUCUACCAGUGGUCGCAGUGACUGGUAAAGGAAUGUAUAUUUAGUAUUAAAAGAUUGAAGAUUUUUUAUUUUGUUUGAUGUUUUCACUAUGUUUCUUAAUAAUUAUUUGCAUAGAGAUUGUCGUUAAUAAAGCAUAGGUUAUCUUGUGAGAA